CAUGAUUCGUAAGCCUCCCUCCCAGAGUGGGCGGAGCUGCAGCCAGCGGGGCGCGGCGAGGUGACGCAGUGCCCUUGCGACGCCGAGCAAGAUGGCGGCCUCCAUGGCUGCUGGUUCCUGCCGGGCCUGGGGCGGGUGCCGGGGGCAAAGGAUGCUGCGCCUUCUGCGGGGCCUGUGCAGCGGGGCUCGGCACCCGUCGGCCGACGGAGAGACGCACUUCGGGUUCCAGACCGUGUCGGAGACGGAGAAAGGACAGAAGGUUCACCAAGUUUUUGAAAAUGUGGCGAAGAAGUAUGAUCUCAUGAAUGAUUCGAUGAGUCUUGGAAUCCAUCGUGUUUGGAAGGACAUCCUGCUGCAUCAAAUGAACCCUUAUCCCGGAACCCAGUUGCUUGAUGUUGCUGGAGGGACAGGAGACAUCGCCUUUCGGUUUAUCAAUUAUGUUCGUUCCCAGCGGGAGCAUCAGGUCCGGCAGAAGCUGAGAUCCCACCAGAAUUUAUCUUGGCAGGAGAUUACCCAGCUUUACCAUGAAGAGGAGCAUCAGUCGCUGGGGGGAUCCCACGUGGUGGUCUGUGACAUUAAUAGGGAGAUGCUGAAGGUGGGGAAGCAGAAAUCACAACGCCUUGGCUAUGCUGAAGGAUUGUCCUGGGUGCUUGGGGAUGCUGAAGAGCUGCCCUUCAGCGACGACAGUUUUGACAUCUACACAAUUGCCUUUGGUAUCCGGAAUGUCACUCACGUUGACCAGGCACUUCAGGAGGCCUAUCGAAUCUUGAAACCAGGAGGAAGAUUUCUCUGUCUGGAAUUUAGUCAUGUCAAUAACCCCUUUAUUUCCAGCCUGUACGAUCUGUAUAGCUUCCAGGUUAUCCCUGUACUGGGUGAGGUUAUUGCUGGUGACUGGAAAUCCUACCAGUAUCUUGUAGAAAGCAUAAGGCGCUUUCCUGCUCAGGAGGAAUUCAAGGAGAUGAUUGAAGAUGCUGGCUUUCUGAAGGUGGAGUAUCAGAACCUGGGCUCAGGCAUUGUGGCUAUUCACUCUGGCUUCAAGUUAUGACUGACAUCUUAUGUAGGUCUUUUUUGAAACAUUGCAAAGGUGGACAGAACCUUUUGAUGGCAAAAUUUAAACAGUUGGGCCUUCCAGCACUCAGUGCCAUGUCAUUGAGACUUAUAAAAUGAAUUAAUCUCUCACAGAAAUCUGUAUUUCAGGUCUCAAAAGUCAGCUGUUGUAUUCUGGAAGUCAUUUCAAUCAUGUUGGCCAUCUUUGGUGUAGCAGCAUGUGGUAAAAGAGAAGGCACAAACUAUUUUAAAAAAUUAAAGGCCUAUUUAUUGGUGCUUAAGUGACUUGGACCCAAUCUUGUCAUCAGCAGGUGGCAGCUGGUGAGAUUUCUUGUAUUUAUUAAAAAAUAGCGUAUAGAUUUUCAAA